AUGGGCUUCAUUUACUCGCGCGCCGAGGAAGUCAUUGUCGUGCUCUCGAGCGCUGCGCGCCCGGUGCUCCAACAGAUGAGCACCUCCGACCACAUUGACCGCGUCCAUCUCGAUCUGUUAGAGCAAGAGGAAUGGGUCACCAGAGCAUGGACGUAUCAGGAGGCCGUGAACAGCCAGAAUCUGUACAUUACGUGCGAAGAGUCCCACGGUGCCAUUGUGCAAGGCAGUCAUUUCCUGAAUUGCCUUGGCUACACGCUCUCUCGCCUUGACAGCGGGUCAGGCCUCGCAAGUGACAAGAGGCAGCGAUAUCCUCGGCUCGACGCCUUCGAGGAUCUGAUUGCCGACUACAUGAUCGCGGGGUACCAGGAACGGUCAGCCCUGCAAGUCAUGUCGAACAUGGAUCGGCGCACGCAAGGCCGUCGCGAAGACCACUUCUACGCCAUGAUCGGGGCUAUUAGCACUACACGCGCCAGCUCUUGCGGUAUCUUGGAUCCCUGUGAGGCGUUCAUGUCCCUUUGUGAGCGGAAGGGCGACUAUUCGUUCAUCUAUUCGGCCGCGAAGCGGGACGCGAGGACGCCAAAGCGUUGGCGUCCAGCGCCAGGAGAUCUCCCGUCCAUCUUGCCUUGGCACUGUUUCGGCGCCGGUCAGCCGGGUCAUGAAGAAUUGGGUUCCUUCUACUUAGACGCGAUGUUGCAUCUGGGGAAGGCGGCCAUAGACGAGGAUGGCGGGAGCUUUGUCGAGAGAUGGCUUGCGUCGAGCAAGAUUCGGGCCGUCGGAUCGGCAGAAUCUCUCGAGGAGUCGGCUUACGUCGCACUCCGGGCCAUGGGCUUCACGGGAAGCCCAGAGUGUGUCUCUACUUCGCACGGGUUCUUUUUCCCCUGGGAGCGGCUCUCGAAAGACCGAGAGAUUACUAUCUUGGUCGCAACUGCAGUACGAUGGACUUGUGGCGCACCGGGCCUUGCUCGCUGUGACGGAAACGAGGAAAUAUAUACACCAGGGGUGUUUUUCGGCCGCGUCGACAAUGGCGCGGCUGUCUCGGUCAAGGCAUCCGGAUCUAGAGAGUGA